GAAUGGGAGCUCGUGGUGCUGGGGAAGUUGAAGUGGAACCUCGCAGCCGUCACCCCGCACGAUUUCAUUGAACACAUCCUAAGGAAGCUGCCUCUACCUAAAGACAAGUUGCUUUUGAUCCGGAAGCAUGCACAAACGUUCAUUGCCCUUUGUGCCACAGAUUUUAACUUUGCCAUGUACCCACCAUCAAUGAUAGCAACUGGAAGUGUGGGAGCAGCCAUCUGUGGCCUUCAGCUUGAUGACGGGGACAGCCUCACAGACCUCCUGGCCAAGAUCACAAACACAGAUGUGGACUGCCUUAAAGCUUGUCAAGAACAGAUCGAGGCGGUGCUAGUAAACAGCCUUAGGCAAGUCCGGCAGCAGCAACAGCAAAGCAAUCCUUCUAAGACGGUGGAUGAACUGGACCAGGCCAGCACUCCCACAGAUGUGAGAGAUAUCAACCUGUGAGGACAUCGGCACAGAAAGUCACGCUUGCUCCCCCAGCCCUUUUAUUUUUGUUAUUAUUUUUAGAGUGAUUUUUUUUUUUAAUCUGCUCCCACAUAGAACGUAUUUAAAGCUCUUUUAGGUAAAAAAACAAAAAAAAAAAACAAAAAAAAAACCUGAAUAAUGAAAAAAAAACCCAACAUUGGUGCCUGUGAUGUUCUACAGAAGGGAAUCCCACAAUAUAUUUGGUAAUUGCUAUUUGAUUAUGUAUCGGUGAUAUUAAAUGCUUAUAAAAGCAUACAAAGUAGGUAGAUAAAUGUAAGCCUGCAUUUGUGGGAACAACGUAGAGUAUACUUGUCUGUGUAUUAUGACCUAGUGCAUACACCCCUUUUUUAAGAUUUAAGAAAGGAAUCGUGUGUGCGAUUUUAUGGCUUGACUAGAUUGCAAAGCAAUAGAAUAAGGGGUUUAGGGCAAAGUGGGAAAAGAUCCCUGAAGCAAUUGAACCAUUUUGAAUGCAGAAGAGAUUUGCUGAUCUGUCACCUCUGUUAUUAGUCAGAAGUGUUUGUUGGAUCUCUGUAUGUUAGUUUUGUUUACUCUUGCUGUCUGUGGUAGCUGCUACCU